CCAGUGCCCUUCCUGUGUGCCCUUCUUUCGCACUCUCCCCGUGAAGCUGAGACAUGACAACAGUGUCUUCACUUCCAUUCAUCAGGGGAGCAUCCUCGCCCUCACCAGCCUCACCAGCCAUGAGUGCUGAUCAUGAAGCUUCUUUGUUGAGACAAGUGGAACACUGGCAUCAGCUAUUCAUGGACACAGAGGCGUCCUUCGCUCAAGUGAGGGCUGAUGAGGCUCUGUUACGGAAGCAGCUGUCUGGUGCGUUAGAGCGAGAGCGGAUUUUGGCAGCCAAGAACCUGGAGCUUCGUUGCAAGGCCCAAGGUGAGGAGAAGGAGGCCAUGGCAGCCAUGAAAAAAGCCAAUGAAGCAAGUGAGGCCAGUGUCGCAGCUCUGUGUGAUCAACUUGGCAGCGCUCGACUCAUGUUACAGUGCAAAGAUGAUGAGCUCGAGAGGUUGAGAGGCGAGCUUCGCAGCAAACUCUUCACAGAGCCCAGAGCCAUGGAGUUGGAAUUGAGUGAUGUGCGAAAACGCCUAGAGGCUGUCACAAAGAAGUUGAGUGCCAAGGAACAUUUGUGCGAAGUUAUGGGUCAAGAGCUGCACUUGUUGCGAGGUCAGCUGCCAUUGAAGGACGCAGAGCUUGAAAAGAUGAGAAAGAAGGGCAACGAACUGGAACAACAAAAGAAAACCAUGCAGUGGGAGCUAUCCGACCUGCAGAUGAGAUUGGAUAGCUCCAUCAAGAAGGCUGUCGAGAAGGAGGAGGAAUUGCAGCAACUACAGGGACAGAUCAAGCAUAAGGACGAUGAACUUCAGAAGCUUCAAGCAUCCUUGCAGAGAAGCCCGAAGGUAGAAGCAAUGGAGAUGGAACUUGCCGAUUUGCGCUCCAAGUUGGAGCUUGCUUUGAAGAGGAUCGGGGCCAAGGACCAGUUGUUCGAGCUGAAAGAACAAGAAGUGGAAAAACUGAGGGCAGACUUCAAGAAGGAGCAUGAGCUGUGCCACGCAGCAGUCUCUGACAACUGCGAGCUGCGGCAAAUCUAUUGUGAAAAGUUGAACGCUCUUGGAGAGCAGGAGGCAAGGCACCAAAGGUCAGUGAAGUUGCUGGAAGCCGACAGGGAGAUGUGGCUGAGCAGAAGUGAUCAUUUGGAGAAGAUCAACACUCGUUUGAUGAUGGAUUUGAACACCCUGGAGGCUGAGAUGAGUCCAAAGACUGGGCUGACUUUGAUGCCCACACCCCCUCCACGGCCAUCUACAGCCAAAGGUUCUAGGGAGAAUGGACCAGCCUCAACGUCCCCAACACCUAGAGAACGUCGCUUGAACUACCCAAGAGCCGGCCGGACCCUCCUUCAACAUCGCUCUUGUGCAACAGAGCGCUAUGAUCAGAGCGGCAAGUUGAGGAGCUUUGACGCAGAGGGUAAUGGGAUUUGAAGAUUUUGAAGUGUCAGGUGUAAAGCAACGCUAAGUUGCCGAAACACGAAUGCUAACCGAGCUGCUAACCCUAAAGCCAUGCAGGACCUUCGUACAGCCUUCGGUUGGGGUGCAUGGUUUAGACAUGUGUGCCUUUGGCCCAUGUCAUUUUUUUGGCACAAGCCGAUAUCAAUUUUGCUUGACCGGAACCUGCAGCGACCGCGGCUGUGGGACGGUUACUUUGAGGCUGGGAGGUCGUGGAACUGACAAAGUCAGCACUUCGUUGGCCUUUCAGAACUCGAAGGCCUCUGAGAGCAAUGAUCGGUAUGGAUCAAUG